CGGCGUGCCUCUAGGGGGCGGGGCGCGCACUGUAAAGUCCAGGCCCCUGUGGGGCGAAGUGUAGCUUCUUAACCUUCUUAGCUGCUGCGGCUCUCACGUGCGGCAUGCUGCUUCUGGCGUUGGGCGUCUCGUGGGCGUCCGGAUUGCGGCUCAGCGGGAAGAGGACGGCAUUGUGGGCGGCCACUGCGCUUCGAGGCCCCAGGGAAGCUGUCUCUCGGGCGGCCUCUUUCAGCUGGCUCUCCCGGCCGGUCGGCGGCGGGAGCGCGGGGCUGUGGGGAGCCGCGCCCCUUCUCCGGCGUCCCAGGCGAGCGCAGAUACCUGUUUUUUGGGAAGGAUGUGUUCGAUGCUUGCAUACACAACUUGACCAAUCUGAAGAUGGAAGGUUGAUUUAUACUGGGAAUUUGGCCCGAGCAGUAUUUGGUGUAAAGUGUUUCUCUUACACUACAAGUGUGAUCAGCUUUGCAUUUCUACCAUACAUUUUUGCACAAAAUAAUAAUGCAUUUGUAAGUCUACCUGGGCAAAUCUUAUUUUAUGGCAUCAUAGGGAGUUUUGCAUUUAUCACUCCAGUGCUGCUUCACUUUGUUACAAAAAGCUAUGUCAUUCGGUUGUACCAUGAGGCCACAACAGACACUUACAAAGCCAUUACUUAUAAUUUUGUGCUUAGAGAAACAAGUACAGUGUUCCAUCAGAAUGAUGUGAUUAUUCCAGACAGCACAUAUCUGUUUACCACAUUUUGUGCUAAAACAAAAUCACUGUUAGUUAAUCCAUUGCACUUUCCAGUGCCCGAAGACUAUUUCCAUCUAAUGGGUUAUGACAAAAUGUUCAAUUUUGAUACAGAAGAAGCUGGUGAAGAUAAACAGGUUAAGAAGGAGAAAUGAGCAUUAUGUUUUUAUGUUUGUGAUUUAUGUCUCAAUGUAUAACAAUUGUCUUGUAUUCUCUUAAUGACUUAUGAAGAUAGCUUGAAAUUGUUAAACAGAGCUUUUAAUUAAUUUUCAGAGAAUGAUACGCCUUUAUAAUAAACUAUGUUUGAAAGCAUACUGUGUACCAUUUGUGCUCAGAAAAGGUAUAUGAGACUACAUGUUCAUGAUGGUAUAUGCAUGGAUGAUUUAAGAGCUGUAUGUAAGUGUGGUUGCCUCUGAACUGGGGAUCUCCCAGAAUCAAAUGUGAGAGUUACUUUUUCUUUGUUUGGAUUUUUCUUGGUGUAUGAAUAUUCUUGUCCUACAUUAAAAAACUUUGAAAAAUAAA